AGAAUUUAGUUUAUUUUGACAUCGUGUUCGUGGCAAGUUGUGUGAUCGCGAAUAAUUUAUUGUUGUUUUAUUUUCUAAAAGAAAUAAUCAUAUUUACUCGUUUGCAAGCCAUGCACACUUUAAGGCUUUUCGGGGGUGUAGAAGGUGGCGCAACACACUCAAACCUGGUGAUUUGCGAUGAAAAAGGCAAAGUUAUUAGUAAAUCUAAAGGCCCCGGAACAAAUCACUGGAAUCUAGGUAUAGACGAAUGUGCAAAACGAAUUAUUCAAAUGGUCCACACUGCGAAGGAUGAAGCUGGUAUACCAAGAGACAAACCUCUUGAUUCAUUGGGUUUGACGCUGUCCGGUUGUGAGCAAGAGAGCAGUAAUGCUGAUUUAGCAAGACGGGUCAAAGAGUUGGAUGGAUACAGCGCAGAUGCCGUCUAUGUAGCUUCAGACACAGCCGGAUCUCUCUUCACCGGCGCUCCAAAUGGUGGAAUGGUUCUUAUUGCUGGCACGGGAUCAAACGCGUUGUUAAGAACACCAGAUGGUCAACAAUUUGGUUGCGGUGGCUGGGGUUACCUUCUCGGUGACGAAGGCGGUGCGUAUUGGAUUGCCCACCGCGCUAUUAAAAUAAUAUUCGACGAUUGUGAUGGUUUUCGACCAGCUCCUCACUCGACAACAAGGCUUUGGGAGGCAAUAAAAAAUUACUUCAAGGCAGAUUCGCGAGCAGAUAUAUUGCCUCAUGCGUACAAACAUUUCGAGAAGUCAUUUUUUGCUGGUCUAACAGCAGAACUGUCAACUCUCGCAGAUGACGGCGACGCUCUAUCCCAGCAUAUAUUUGCUGAUGCGGGCGCAGCACUAGCAUCGCACGUGGCUGCGCUCGCUUCUCGUAGCCAGAAUGGAACGAGGCCCUUCGAAAAUGGCUUGAGGAUUGUCUGCGUGGGUUCCGUAUGGAAAAGCUGGCAUGCGCUUGCGCCGGGCGCGUUAACUGCGCUUGCUGCGAGACGGCUAAGAAUAGACUUGGAGCUAGUUCGCCUACGCGUCUCAAGUGCGAUGGGUGCAGCCUGGUUGGCCGCUAAACACGUGAACUACAAUUUACCGCGAGAUGACUCUGCUUUCUGCGAAGUUUUCUACACACACCGGCAGAACGGCCAAACAAAUAUUGAUGGUUAUGGAUGCGGUUGUAGCGAAUUUUGGAGCUAAAACACUUAUUUUAAAAAAAUACCAUAUGUGACUAAUGGAACAAAUAAAUAAGGGUAUAACUAUAUUCUUAAUAGAUUUCAGAUAUGAAAGUGGGUACCAACGUGUCAAAACUGGUUCUAAUGCAAAAUUUAACCGACCUUGUUUAUCUAUUCCGUGGGACGUUGUUAACCGACUUUAAAAGAAGUUUAUCUAUAUUUAAAAAAAUCAUAUUUUAAUAUAUAUUCAGGCUUCCAAUAAUAUGUUUAAUAACGUAUGAAGAUCCACAAAUUUGUAGGAAAUGAAUUAUGAAUAUACCUAUUCCAACUCAGAUAAAAGUGUAAGUUCUAACAAAAUCGGUUCAGUAGUUUUUGAGGUACCCGCGUAUUUCUGGAUUUAUAAAAUGAAAAGUCGGUUUCAUAUUUCAAAGUUAUUUGACACCGAUACUGCAUUGAUCUUGUGAUAUUUAAACAUGAUACUAAAAACGUAUAUUAUUUAGCAUGUGUAAGACCUAUAUGCUCUCGUUAUUUCGUUAACAGAGUACUUAGUCAGGCUAUCUAAUGUAUUAUAUACUUUUAUGUAUUAUAAUUCAAAACACAUAGGAGCUGGCCUCCACAAAUUUAUUUCGAAAAUCUAUUAAUCUUUUUUUAAAUACUAUUUUACAUAUUAAAUGAAAUUUAUAAUAAGAAUCAAAUUUAAUUUUUGCGGACAUAAUUAUUAUUGUUAUUACAUUUUUUUAGAUUUAAAUACUUUGUGCGCCAAAACGACGAAGUAUCAGGCUAUAUUAAAUAAGGUUUAGUGAAUAAUCAAUUGAAAAGUGUAUAAAAUUUCAUUUAUAAGAUUCAAAAUUAUAAUCUAUAUUUUUAUUAUUAUAAGAUACAUUCGUUAGAUUUAAAUAUUGCAUAUUUGGACAUGUUUUGCCAAAUAAGGUCUGAAUUAAGGAUCUGAUAUCGAAUUAUUGUAAAAUAUAUUAGAAUAUUGUAUAGAAAUAUAGUUCCUAUUUCUAAUAGUAUUGGAAUAAGAAUUAUCAUUUGAAAUUGUUAUAUUGUCAAUUUAUAGGGACCAAUAUUUUUUUACAUAUCAUAUUUUAUUUUGGACCUCACUUAGCGUUAGAUAUAUAAGUAUUCCUUUUAUAGAUUUAUAAGUAGUGUGUUGUAUAAGUAUCAUCGAAAUAAAUAUAUUUAAACAAUGGCAUUAAUUAUUUAUCACAUAAUAAUAAUUACAUAAAAUAAUUUUAGAACGUAAAUAUCUGAGACACUACGUUUUGUUCUCUAUCCUUUAUUUUUUUUAAUUUUCAAAGUUUUAAUAUAGCAAGUGAAGCGAGGGUAACCAUAUCCUUGCCAACCAAUCACUUGGCUUCUAAAGGUCGGCUUAACCUGUCAUUAAAAAUG